GCGAAGCGACCUGCGGACUGAGCAGAGCAGCAGUAUGGCUCCUAACGACAAAGACCCGGUGCCUCCAGUGGGAACCCUGUCCCCGGGGCAGCUCCAGUCCCUCCUGAAAAUGGAGCCCAAAACUCUGGGGGCCAUCCAGAUUGUCAUUGGAGCUUUGAUUCUUUGUCUGAGUGCCUCCGUGCUCCAGAUCCAUGAAGUCCACUUUACUGGAGAUGUUGCCCUCUUUCUGAUUGUUGUGAUACAGGUAACAUUAUCUGGUUCCGUGUUGGUCCACACUGGAAGACGCCCUACUCUGUUUUGGGUGAAAUGCGUCCUGGUGUUGCAUCUGAUCAGUGCUGCGUUUGCCACUGCUACCCUGGGUCUGAUGUCCAAACACCUCCCCUACAGGCAGGACUCCUACCACUGUGAACACUGUCGCAGACUGGAGCUCCAUGCUGUGCAACAUUGUUUCAGGAAAUGCACCGGGCUGAUCGAGCAAAAGUGUAAAUUGCUGAUUGAUGGCAUCCUGGGAACGUUGGUGGUUUUCCUUGUGCUGGAGCUGCUGAUCUGUAUAACUGCCAUGUUAUUUGGACUCAGUAUCCUGGCUGCUGGUGGAAGUGAGGCCUCCAGCCAGAGGCCGGCCUAUCCACAGAGUCGCCCCCCCCUGGCCCCCGCUGUCCAGGCCACUGCAGCCACAGCUGAGCCAAGCUCCUCCCAGCAGGUGGCUGUUGUUGUGACUGAACCUGAUUCUGAGCAGGUCGAGGACAUCUCCACCCCCCCAACUGAACCCCAGGUUGAGCCCAUUGAAGUUGUACACACAGAAUCCUAACUCCACACUGUCCUGUGUGCGUCCUGUCAGUGUGUCAGCACUGCACCGACGGUAUCACCUCAGCUCCACUUUACUCAGUUCUGCAUCACCAACUGCAGCGGUUUUAGCACUGAAGCUCCAAACAAACUGAUGAGAUUCUAAGAGGUGAUAUGCAGAUCCAUGCAGAUGUCCGACUGGUCCAACCUGAAAAGUGUACACGUUCCACUCCAAGGGAAACUACAGCUGCAGUGGAAAUGACAUGAGCCGGUACCAAAACUGAGCCAGUACAAGUAAAGUUGAGUUGAGCUGAUACCAACAACACAGUUAACGUCAGACUCUUAUGAUUCAGGUGAUAGUUACUAUUAGGAUGGUGUUAUUGUUUGUUUAAAAGCAAAAUGAGAACAUGUCUCAUGAUGGAAACACAUAAAGCAUUAAAUAAUGACAGUGUAUAUGUUAAAGGCAAAGUGUGUAACAUUGUUUGCUCCUCCUCUCCACUCAACCAAUGACAAAACGAAAACAGUGGUUGAGUCGAUAAUAGAGUGAAUUUUGAAUGUU